AUGGCGGACAUGGAUGACUUCCUGAGCGAUACCGCCGCCUUGUAUGGUGACACUGUGCCGUUGGACGAUGGGAUGAUUAGAUACGGACCGCUCGUUUUGACGGUCGCGCCGAAGGCGAACACGCUCCUGGCAGACCAUCUAUUCUCGCCCUCGCUCCUCCUAGCGGAGCUGAUCGAGCGAGGGAUUAUUUCCCUCUCCAAUAAAACGGUCGUCGAACUCGGGGCCGGCUGCGCCCUGCCCUCGCUGCUCUCUUCCACCCUGUCCGACCCACCCAGCUUGGUGGUAAUCACAGACUACCCGGACGACACGAUCAUGAAAAACCUUACCGCGAACGUCGAGCGGAACCGCCCGCACGUGAACGACAAAUGCACCGUGCACGCACGCGGCUACGAGUGGGGCCAGGACGUCGCCCCCCUUCUGGACAUCGCAUCGGCGCACACCCCCAACGACCGCGCCCCCGGCUUCGACGUCGUCAUCCUCUCCGACCUCCUGCACUUCGACCGCUCGCACGACGUGCUCCUCCAGUCCCUCCUCACGCUCCUCCGGCGCGCCCCCGCCGCGCGCGCGUACGUCGCCGCGGGCACGUACACCGCCCCGCAUAUAUGCGCGCACUUCGUCAGCGCGGCUGCGGAAGCGGGCAUCGUGCUCGAGGAGGGCGAGGUGGAGCCGGUGUGGCGGGGCGCGCUGGGGGUGUCCGGCGGGGGGCUGGAUCGGGAGCAGUUGGGCGUGAGGAAGGGGAUGUCGAGGUGGUGGGUGGGGAGGUGGGCGGAUGUCUAG